GUAGUUUCGUAUGUUCGAACGAGACACGUUCAAUAUUUUUGUUUAUUAUUAUUUUCAUUCUGGCGUUAAAAGUCGCAUUUAUCGUGAUCAAUUUUGCGUGAAGACCAACUUUUAGCAUUGAAUUCCACAGAUAAAACUUGAAAAAUAUAUAUAAAUUUUUUUGCAUCAUUCAUCUCUCUAUCGCUCGUUCGUGCGCUGAACAAGCACACAAUCAUCAUCAUCAUUGCCACUUCCAUCGUCAGUAAGAAUAAUAAGACUUCGACGUCGUCUAAAAAAAAAUCAUAAAAAAAAGUUUCGUGGAAAGAGGAGAGGAAGACAACGAAGAAAAAAUUGGCUCUGCAAAAAAAAAUAAGAAAAAAUAUUAAAAAAGUUAAUAAAUAAUAAUAAAAUUCAGUGAAAAAGUGAACAAAAAAAUUUAUAUUAAAAAGUGAUAAAAAAAAUAAAACGUUAAGUGAUUGAAAAAAAAGUAAAUAUCAACUUAGAAAAAAAAAUUGGAACUGCAUCCUCUUUUUCACAAUUUCAUAAAUGCUUGAAUCAUCAAAAAAUUCGUUAAUUAUUUGUUAAUUCACAAAACAAAAAAAAAAACGAAUUAAUAAUUUUCCAGGUUAAUUGGAUUAUUAUUAUUGAAUAUAUCAGCUGUGCUUUGUGUACAGAAAUUGAAUCGGCAAUUAAGCACAACCACUAAUUUAUAGUUUGUUUAUUUGAUUGGAAAUGGCUUGCCUUAAGCUACAGGCCGCCGUUUGCAUGUUAUGGCGGCAAAUGGCAAGCCGAUGAUCUCGUCACCUCCGUCUUCCAUCUCAAACGGCCCCGAGCCACAAUUGCCGCCUCUACCUCCGCCAUUACGUUCGACGCAAGUUCUACAACCGCUAUCAGUGUUUCCAGGAUUCGCGGAACACACGACGACAACUUAUGAUUUUGUUUUUAUAAUUUUCAGUUGUUUUUUUUUUGUAAUUCAAUCAACAAAUUUGAGUGAGUCUGGUACAUACGAUUAUGUAUUUAGGGGCCCGCUUGAUACACAGCCCCUAUCGUCAACGCUCAAGCUGACCUCUCCGCCAAUAAGACUUCGCCCAGAUGAUGCAAACCAUAAAAAUAAUGUAGAUGAUAGUAAUGGGUCACGACGUUCACUUACGGGAUUCAAAAGACCACGCUACCUAGUAGACGGUUCAUCGCGCGAACGUAAACGAGAGGAUAGGGAAAGACGACGUGAGAAAUUUAACGUGGAUGAUGAAGCUACACUGCGAUCGUUGCUUCUUGAGCUACAAAAGCAAGUAAGUGUGAUGAGCAUGAAUCUAUCAUCCAAACUCGAUGAUCUCCAGCGGAGCGAUCGUCAUCUGGAGACAACAGUUGCCUUGUGCGAAAUUCGCACACAGUUGCAAGAGUUGACAAAAUCCGUGGAAAGUUGUCAGAGUGAGGUGUCUGAGGUAAAACGUGACAUGGUAGCAAUUAAACAUGAAUUAGACACAGUGCAACAAGUAAAAGAAGAAAUUGAAGAAUUGCGCGAAUAUGUGGAUCGAUUGGAAGAACACACACAAAGACGGAAAUUACGUUUACUUGAACAAGGAUUGACAUUUUUCCUAACAUAUGCAAUAUUUGCGGCCGUCUUAGGCAUGCUCCAAUUUGGCUAUAAUACGGGCGUCAUAAAUGCGCCCGAAGUCAAUAUUGAGAGUUUCAUGAAAGACGUUUACAAAGAUCGAUAUGGCGAGGAUAUCGGCGAAGAGUUUAUACAGCAGCUGUAUAGCGUGGCAGUGUCAAUUUUCGCAAUUGGCGGCAUGUUGGGAGGAUUCAGCGGCGGAUGGAUGGCAAAUCGCUUCGGGCGGAAAGGAGGCUUGCUGCUGAAUAAUGUGCUCGGUAUCACGGGCGCUUGUCUCAUGGGAUUUACUAAAAUGUUCCAUUCUUAUGAAAUGUUAUUCCUUGGAAGAUUCAUUAUAGGAGUCAAUUGUGGUUUAAACACAUCAUUAGUACCAAUGUAUAUUUCAGAAAUUGCUCCAUUAAAUUUAAGAGGUGGUUUAGGAACUGUUAAUCAAUUGGCUGUGACAAUAGGUUUACUCCUGUCCCAAGUUUUGGGCAUAGAACAAAUAUUAGGAACGAAUGAUGGUUGGCCCGUGCUUCUCGGUUUAGCUAUUUGUCCAGCUAUCUUGCAAUUGUUGCUGCUGCCUAUUUGUCCCGAAUCACCCCGUUACUUGCUCAUCACGAAGCAAUGGGAAGAAGAAGCACGAAAAGCUCUUCGUCGCUUACGCGCAUCCAAUCAAGUCGAGGAAGAUAUCGAAGAGAUGCGCGCCGAGGAGCGUGCCCAACAAUCAGAAAGUAGUAUUUCCACGAUGGAACUCAUCUUUUCGCCAACAUUACGUGCACCUUUAGUCAUUGGAAUUGUAAUGCAACUUAGUCAGCAACUUAGCGGAAUAAAUGCCGUAUUUUAUUAUUCAACUUCAUUAUUUAUGAGCUCCGGACUAACGGAGGAAUGUGCGAAAUUCGCUACUAUCGGUAUCGGAGCUAUUAUGGUUGUGAUGACAUUAGUUUCCAUUCCCCUCAUGGACAAAACUGGCAGACGAACGUUACAUCUGUACGGAUUGGGAGGAAUGUUCAUAUUUUCCAUUUUUAUCACAAUAUCAUUUUUGAUAAAGGAAAUGAUAGACUGGAUGUCCUACUUGUCCGUCGUAUCUGUGUUGGCAUUUGUCGUAUUCUUCGCUGUGGGUCCUGGAUCGAUCCCGUGGAUGAUUACGGCGGAGCUUUUCUCGCAAGGACCUCGCCCGAGCGCAAUGGCGAUCGCUGUACUUGUCAAUUGGAUGGCUAAUUUUGUCGUAGGAAUUGGUUUCCCAAGUUUGAAGACUGCCUUGGAAAAUUAUACAUUCUUACCGUUUAGUGUAUUCUUAGCAGCAUUUUGGAUAUUUACGUAUAAAAAGGUUCCUGAGACCAAGAAUAAAACAUUUGAGGAGAUCCUUGCGUUGUUCCGACAUGGAAAUGGAAGAUCAAUGCACGACAGCAGACUCUAUGGUACAAACGAGAAUACUGGCAAAAGUAAUGAAACACUUCAGAUGUCUGAAGCAGAAACAGCGAGCGUUGUUGAUGAUAAAAAAGCUUAAUUUUUAAUAUUUUUGUUUCAUAUAUGUUUAAUUUUAAUAUUUUUUGCAUGUUAAUAAUCUUCAUGAUUAUAUUAUAUAUAUUUUUUUUAUCAUUAUAUUAGUUUAAAAAUAAUAUUUUAUUAAAUUUAAAGUUAAAAUUGAAUGUCGUAGAAUAAAAAAAUAUUUUGUCUUCCCUUUUUCU